AUGGAAGAUCUGAAGAAGUCAUCUAGCUUUGAGGAAGCAUACAAAAUUGCUGAAUGGAGACGAGCAAUGAAGGAAGAAAUUCAAGCUCUACAGCAGAACCAAACUUGGGAGUUGUUGCCAAAGCCUAAAGAUGUCAAACAUAUCUCCUACAAAUGGGUUUGUGGGUCAAUUGAGAGAUACAAAGCACGCUUAGUGGCUCGAGGAUUCUCUCAACAGUAUGGACUAGAUUAUGAUGAGAUAUUCAGUCCAGUUGCCAAGGUAACAACAGUUAGAGUUCUUCUAGCUCUAGCAGCCAGCAAAAAUUGGAAGCUUUGGCAGAUUAAUGUGAAGAGUGCAUUUCUACAGUGA